UAUCAUGGGACUAAACCACUCUCGAACUCCCUUGAACCAUAAAGGAAUGAUCAAUACAUAAUUAUAGAAGAAUCAUGAAAUCACUCUGUCGCUAAAAAGCAUAUCAUAAUCGAUAAAAAUGGGACGGGGUUUAUUGGCCGAUAUCGAUAAAUAUUGCUGAUCCGGUGCUGCAGGAGGCUUUAUGCAUUAUGUAUGUUCAAAGACUUCAUCGCUCCGAUGAGAGGAAUUUUCUCAAUCUGCUUUACCCUACGCCGCGUCAUCGUUUCAGCUCUUCUAUCCCGUUUAUUUCCCGCAUUCAAAGGACUGAGGGGCCUUCACAUAACUGCGAAGUUCGACCCACCGAAAUUCGAUCGGGUUGCCAAAUCUCGGGUCAUACAAACUUUGAUAAAACGGACACAUAUCUGCCUCAUGGGAAGUGCUCGGUCGGCAAUAAAUGGACGAGUAUGUAUCACUCUUUUUCCUUUUUACCCUAAAGAUAUACGCCUCAAAUACCUCAUUAACCGACGUUUCUUUUGACAGAGGACAUUUCUCUAAUAACCCUGCAAACUGUCAGAAGAUAAAGAUGAUAGACAGACCUAUUCGAGAAAGAGUGUUUUUCCUUGGUGACCACGACUUUCAUCAAUCGUCGUACAAAACAACCAACGCUCAUCGUAGGCCCGUAAGCAUGAUAACUGUCAUGCACUCGAACGAAAAUCCAUCCUCUCCUAUGCCGUCUCCCAUACGCCGUCACAGCGUCCAUCGUCCAUUGCGAUCUUCACCGCUUGCGGGGCCCGCGCUUUCCAGCGAGGGUCUAGUGAUACCGGAUGAGGAUGUUCAAAGGAGGUGCAAGCCAAACAGGAUUUCGUCGAGUCCUGAACUUCCAUCAACAUCCUCAUCCUCAAUAUACCCGGCAGAUAUUGAUCAUCUCCCUCUUCUAGCAAUCACCACCAGGCCAAGGUUACAUCAACGAAACUCGUCACCAAACUACCUGUCCGUCCCGUCCGUCUCCCUGACGAAGUCUCCUUCUGCUCCUUCCCUUCAUAUGCCCUCAACACCCUCCCCUUUUUCAACGAGUCCAAAACUCUCACUUCGACCGCCCUAUAUAGAAAGUAUUACGUCCUCAACAUCCUCAGCUCCACGGUCAGCCCCCGUCGUGGCCGGGGAUUGGCUUGUCACCAAUACGUAUGCAGAGACGCCUCGAUUCAGUAGGCUUAAUAUGGGGUCCAAUGUUGUGAUGCCCGUACCCGCAAAGGAAUAUCGCAGGAGGUCAAUUGCUAGCGUAAGGUCGAUAUUAAAUAUUUCCAGUCAUGCGUCUAGCCCGCCUGGACUAGUGCGGAGUCCAAGUGGAUCCAGUGGCGUUAGGAGUGAGGAGGCUGCCUCUACCUUUUCUGAGACUCUUCGGAGGGUUGAUUCAAGGAAAAGCUUAUCUUCGUUAGCUGGCAAAGUGCGCCGACGAGCUAGCACUUUCCUGUCUAUCAAAUCUGAGUCGUCAGAGGGUAAGAGUGUCGAGAGUGCUCACAGCUUACUCCAAUCAAGCAGCGUCACUUCUCUUUCUUCGGUAGCCGAUAACUCUGAUAACGACUUCCUCCUUUCCCCAUCUCUUCCACCUCGAUCUCCUCGCUCUGCCCGUAGCCGGGGAAGCUCUAAAUCGGACUGUACGAUCAUUGAUGAAGAAGCUGAGGAUGAUAUGCCGGUUACCCCUGAUACGCAACCUUCGCCAGAAAAGAGGAAAGAGCAUAAACGGGGAACGUUCCUUCUCAAAUUUCGUCGGAUAGUCGGUGCACACCGUCUCAUGCGUCCGCAAGUUUCGGAUGUUUCAUAAUUUCUUAUCUUUCAUGCUAGAGAGAUAGAUA